CAGACAGGACUACACCACAUCAGACAGACUGACAGACAGGACUAUACCACCUCUGACAGACUGACAAACAGGACUACACCAAAUCAGACUGACUGACAAACAGGACUACACCACAUCAGACUGACUGACAAACAGGACUACACCACAUCAGACUGACAGACAGGACUACACCACAUCAGACUGACAGACAGGACUACACCACAUCAGACAGCUAGACAGGAUUAUAUACAGGUAAUGAGACAGAUGACCCAGUUGCAACCAGGUUGAUACAAUGUCUGAGCAGGAGAAUGUGAUCAGAGUGUUGUUGGUUUCAGGAGAACCUGAUCAGAGUGUUGUUGGUUUCAGGAGAACCUGAUCAGAGUGUUGUCGGUUUUAGGAGAAAGUGAUCAGAGUGUUGUCGGUUUCAGGAGUACGUGGCCGGAGUCUGUUGUCUGUUCUAGGAGAACGUGGCCAGAGUCUGUUGUCAGUUCCAGGAGAACAUGAUCAGAUUCUGUUGUCUGUUUCAAGAGAUCGUAAUCAGAUUAUGUUGCCUGUUUCAAGAGAUCGUGAUCAGAUUCUGUUGUCUGUUUUAGGAGAAAGUCAUCAGUGUUGACUGUUUUAGGAGAACGUCAUCAGAGUGUUGUCUGUUUCAGGAGAAUGUCAACAGAGUGUUCUCUCUUUCAGGAGAAUGUCAACAGAGUGUUCUCUCUUUCAGGAGAAUGUCAACAGAGUGCUCUCUCUUUCAGGAGAAUGUCAACAGAGUGCUCUCUCUUUCAGGAGAAUGUCAACAGAGUGCUCUCUCUUUCAGGAGAAUGUCAACAGAGUGCUCUCUCUUUCAGGAGAAUGUCAACAGAGUGCUCUCUCUUUCAGGAGAAUGUCAACAGAGUGCUCUCUCUUUCAGGAGAAUGUCAACAGAGUGCUCUCUCUUUCAGGAGAAUGUCAACAGAGUGCUCUCUCUUUCAGGAGAAUGUCAACAGAGUGCUCUCUCUUUCAGGAGAAUGUCAACAGAGUGCUCUCUCUUUCAGGAGAAUGUCAACAGAGUGCUCUCUCUUUCAGGAGAAUGUCAACAGAGUGUUCUCUCUUUCAGGAGAAUGUCAACAGAGUGUUCUCUCUUUCAGGAGAAUGUCAACAGAGUGUUCUCUCUUUCAGGAGAAUGUCAACAGAGUGUUCUCUCUUUCAGGAGAAUGUCAACAGAGUGUUCUCUCUUUCAGGAGAAUGUCAACAGAGUGUUCUCUCUUUCAGGAGAAUGUCAACAGAGUGUUCUCUCUUUCAGGAGAAUGUCAACAGAGUGUUCUCUCUUUCAGGAGAAUGUCAACAGAGUGUUCUCUCUUUCAGGAGAAUGUCAACAGAGUGUUCUCUCUUUCAGGAGAAUGUCAACAGAGUGUUCUCUCUUUCAGGAGAAUGUCAACAGAGUGUUCUCUCUUUCAGGAGAAUGUCAACAGAGUGUUCUCUCUUUCAGGAGAAUGUCAACAGAGUGUUCUCUCUUUCAGGAGAAUGUCAACAGAGUGUUCUCUCUUUCAGGAGAAUGUCAACAGAGUGUUCUCUCUUUCAGGAGAAUGUCAACAGAGUGUUCUCUCUUUCAGGAGAAUGUCAACAGAGUGUUCUCUCUUUCAGGAGAAUGUCAACAGAGUGUUCUCUCUUUCAGGAGAAUGUCAACAGACUGUUGUCUGUUUCAGGAGAAGGUCAACAGACUGUUGUCUGUUUCAGGAGAACGUCAUCAGACUGUUGUCUGUUUCAGGAGAACGUCAUCAGAGUGUUGUCUGUUUCAGGAGAACGUCAUCAGAGUGUUAUCUGUUUCAGGAGAACGUCAUCAGUGUUUACUGUUUCCGGAGAACGUCAUGAGAGUGCUCUCUGUUACAGGAGAUUGUGAUCAGAUUCUGUUGUCUGUUUGACUGAUGAGUCUUGAUGGUUCCAAACUUCCAUUUCACAAUGAGGAAGCCCACUGUUCUCCUGGGAAUUUGCAAUGCAAUUUGACAACAAUCUGUGAGGUCUACUGUGAAUAGCUUGGUUUUUGCUCUGAGAAGUUUGGGGCUUUAUAUUGACACUUGUAUGUCUUUCUAAAUGAUGUAAUCAGUUUAAUUGAAGGUGGACUUCAAUCAAGUUCUAAAGACAUCUACAGACAUCUACAGGAUGGUCAACAGACACCGGAUGCAUCUGUGCUCAAUUUAGUUGCACCAAGGGAAAAACCUCCUUGCAUGGUGUAUCCAUCCCUGGCAGUCCUCUGCACCAACUGCCAGGCAACCAGCAUUCAUUGCCUCCAGGAGGGUCAUCUGCUCAUAUGUGAUCAUACACCUUCCAUCUCCAAGCAGAGAACAACUACUCAGUUGGAUUCAGUAAAGCAGAGUACACAGGGAGGAACUGUGUCAUCAUAUGGGGCUGUGCUGCAAACCAUUCAUUCACAAGGUGAGAGUGGUGGAAGGCAACAUUGUCCCAAAUGAUGACAUACAGAGUCAUGCCAAGCCUCAACAGCCCUCUCUCUUUGGGUGAACCCAGUCUUUCAUUCAGUGCAUCAAGAAAUGUGAUGAGGCAUUCUGUAUUGUAUGGGCCGAUAGUUGGUAUGUGGCAAAGGACAUCAUUGGAGAUUGAUGCACUGAAUGAAAACAGAGGUUGAAGCCAGCUUUGUACAUCUGCUUCAUUCUGACAUGGUUUCAUUGAAGGACUCAAUAGUCGCCAAACUAAGACUGUUGAUUUUUCUAAAUUCUCCCUGAUCUGCAGUUACUGCUGCCUGGAUAUCACGGUGUCUGAUCACAUUGUUUACCAUGACCAUAUCUACAAUGGCAGCCUCGUGUUCAAUACUAAAGGUCUUUCCUCUGCCACCAGUGUGUGGUAGUCUGAGGAUUCUAGAAAGUAAAGACAAAACGGACAUUAUGUCACAUAAAUUGGAUUAUUGAAACUACAUUACUGCAGACAGUUUGUUUUGCCAACAGGCCAAUACAGUGAAAUACACUGUGGUAGACAGUAACAUUGUGACUUACCUAUUCUCACUCCGAAAAAGCCUGACAAUAGAUGCCACAGUGCUCUGACUCAGAAUAUUUCCUAAUUGGUGAUAUGUUCAUAUUCUCUAAUUCAAACUAUGAUUAAAUUCCCCAGUUGGAGAUGUGUUCAUAUUCUCUAAUUCAAGCUGUGUUAAAAUUCUCUAAUUGGAGAUGUGUUCAUAUUCCCUAAUUGUGGAUGUGUUCAUAUUCACCAAUAAAAUAUUUAAUAUUUAAUACUGGGCAGAACUUACUAUAUAUGAGUUACUAGGCAGGAGAACCUAAUAAAAGGGCUGGCCAUUAUUUUUCUGAGUUACAUGGUAAUGCUGAAAAAUAAUAUAUUUUUUCCCGGAGAAAUUCCAUAUAUUGUAUUAUGUCAAAAAUAAUGUUGAUAUGUUAUCUGAGCAGGGACAGAUCAAGACUUUGCUAUCUUUACAUACAUUUACGUUUCUUCAUACCCGUUGCUGGAAGCAAUAAAAAGAUGGAGACAAAGAAACAAAAGGAGAAUAAAACACAUAUUGUCUGACGAAACACCACUAGAAUCACAGGUCUGAGAACUACUGAAACGGAAUACGACACACUUGGAGGUUGUGGGUUUCUUUAAUAAAUUUAAAAUGACAUAAAUAAAUGGCAGUACAUAAACUAGGGCAGCAACAGCAGGUAAUAAGUAAACUACACAUUUUAAUGACCAAACACAUUUCACCUGAAUUGACACAUUUUUAACAACCUUUAACACCGACUCCCCAGUUGUGUGGUAACAGAGUACACACUAACAUAGCCAAUCCUAUAGUAACAUAGUAUGGUGACAUUGUAACAUAGAAACUAUCCCCUUGAUAACACAAUAGUAUAGUAACAAACUAUCUGUGGGUCUUGUCCAAAGGCACUUGAGUAUUCACCUAUGAACAUCUUCUUUGGUGACGGACAAACAUUCACUGGUAAGGAAAUAUACUGUCAAUGUAUCUAUAUAUGUAAAGUGGAUAUACUACAGUAUAUACAGUAUUUUAUACUUUGCCAUAAGCUAAGACCAGUCUACGACUUAAAAACAACCUCAGCAUAAAAUUAAUACAGCCACAUAACAGAAAAGCAACUUCAGCCUAACCUUAGAACAACUGUACCCCACCAGGGGACAAGGUAAAGCUGAGUAUGUCUGGUACAUUACAACACUACCUGGUACUGUUAACAUAAAACAUUAUGUUUACAAUAACAUUAAAGCAUUAAAAUAUGUUUACUGUAACAUUCAAACAUUAUGUUUACAGUUACAGGUUUGUAAUAAAACAUGACGUUUGCUGUAACAACAAUACAACUUGUUUGUAGUAACAUGUUACACAAUAAAAGGCUGUAACAUGCA